AUGUGGCUCCAGCUUGCCCGCAGUUUGCGGCGGAGUGGUUGUGUGCAGUGUGUCAAGAGCUCUGUUUUUUCUCAACGAACCAUGGCUUAUUCUUUGGAGGAAAAGGGCAGUCUUUACUCUACAGAUUACCGCCUCUAUAUGAAGAGCGGAGGGCGCUACAUAUCACCUUUUCACGACAUUCCUCUCUACGCCGACCGCGAAAGCUGCGUCUUCAACAUGUUAGUUGAAAUACCACGUUGGACAAAUGCAAAAAUGGAGGUAUAUAGCUAUGGCCUGGAGGUGUGUCCGCCGCUGCCCCCUAUAUAUGCACAUUCUUCGCAGAUCAAACUUUCUGAGCCUCUGAACCCAAUAAUGCAAGACGUGAAAAAGGGUCAAGUCAGAUUUGUAAAAAACUGUUUCCCUUACCAUGGAUAUAUGUGGAACUAUGGGACCUUCCCUCAGACAUGGGAAGAUCCCAGCCACGUAGAUCCAGACACACGGGCCGAGGGGGACAACGACCCUGUGGAUGUCUGUGAGAUUGGGCAGCGUGUGUGGGCAAGGGGUGAUGUGCGCCAAGUCAAAGUCCUGGGAACUAUAGCUCUCAUUGAUGAAGGAGAGACAGACUGGAAGAUUCUGGCAAUUGAUGUCACAGAUCCAUUGGCCACUCAGAUGAAUGGAAUUCAGGAUAUUGAGAAACACAUGCCAGGAUUUCUGAAGGCUACAGUGCAGUGGUUCAGGGUGUACAAGAUUCCUGCUGGAAAGCCACCCAACACAUUUGCCUUCGAAGGACAGGCCAAAGACCGUGACUUUGCCCACCGCGUGGUAAAUGAGACACAUGAACAGUGGAAAAAGCUUGUGGGGAAGCACUGCGAUCCAGGGCCUAUUUCCUGUGCUAACACAACUGUAGCUGACAGCCCAUACCUGAAGACAGCAAAAGAAGCUGGGGUUCUGGUGAAAGGUCAACCACCUACUGCUCCUCAACCUCUCGACCCUGCCAUUGACAAGUGGUUCUACAUUGAAUGA